AUGCCUUCAUUCUUUACAGUCCCCGCUUCGCAGCGCAAAAGGAAGAGAGAUGAUCGCGCCGCUGCGCCAGCAACGAAGAAGCGAGGCGUCGAUGCCAAGAAUGAACAGACAGGAGGCCGUCGAGCCCGCGAGCGCGAAGAGUCUAUUUCAGGAAGCGAUUCAGAGGACGAGGAGGCAUUGGGCUCUGGACUUUCUGGUUCCGAGUCUGGAUCAGACUCUGAUGAGGGCGAAACGGCCGCAGACCGGAGACUCAAACUCGCCGAACGAUAUUUGGACAACGUUCGGGAAGAUGUCGAGGAGACAAUUGGUUUCGAUGCCGCUGAAAUUGAUCGAGAUUUGAUCGCCGAGAGACUGAAGGAGGAUGUGGACGAGUUCAAGGGACGCACUUUUCGGCAGAUUGCAUCUCAUCUUUCAUUCUCCGAACCUUCUUGUUCAUUCUUCCGCUCUGAUACCCAAUCUACUACAUCCGUCGCUUUGCACCCGCCGUACGCCUAUACGGUGUCCAAGGACAGAACUUUGAUCAAGUGGGAGUUGGCCACACCUUGCGCACCAGCAACGACCGAGGGCAACGGCUCCUCAACACGGCCGCCCCGUCCCCAGCGCAAGAAGCCUAAGCGCGUCAAGUACGCCAGAGGUGUUCGCAAGAUCGCGGAAACUGGGGAAGAGUCCGGCCACACUGGAAGCAUUCUGACUGUCGCCGUAUCGCCCUCAGGCAAAUUUGUUGCCACCGGUGGUGCUGACAAGCGUCUCGUCAUCUGGGAUGCGGAGACCUUGACCCCAAUGAGAACGUUCACGCAACAUCGCGACUCUGUGAGCAGCCUCGCCUUCGCCCGUCAUAUCUCUACGAUGAGCUCUGGAGAACAACUCUUCUCUGGGUCGUACGAUCGAACGCUGAAGACGUGGUCAAUCAGCGGGGCCGGCCACGCAUAUGUUGAGACUCUUUUUGGCCAUCAAGACCACGUCACAGGCGUGGCCGCUAUGACGAUUGAUCAGUGUGUUUCUGUUGGGGCCAGAGACCGCACCGCCAGAUUAUGGAAAGUUGUGGAUGAGUCUCAGCUUGUGUUCCGUGGGGGUGCAUCCAAAAAAGCACCUCACAUUGAGAGUAACAUUGACUGCAUUGCUCCCCUCCCUCCGAGUCACUUUGUGACCGGUUCUGAUUCUGGCUCUAUCUCACUGUGGUCCAUGCACAAGAAGAAACCCCUUUACACUAUUCCACUGGCCCAUGGUCUGGACCCCAUGCCCCCCCUGGACGAGCUUUCUCCGGAAGUUGAUCCAGAGACUGCUGCUCGCAAUGCGCGCCACAUGAGGCGGAUGCCGCGGUGGAUCACCGCAUUGGCAACCGUCCCCGGCACUGACGUUGUUCUUAGCGGCAGCUGGGAUGGCUGGAUCCGGGCGUGGCGCAUUUCGGAAGACAAGAAGACAAUUAUUCCCAUGGGUCCGGUGGGAUCGGGCAUUCUGGGGCAGACCGCUCCUGACACGCCGUCCAAGCAGCUCAAUAAGUCUCUCGCUCUUCAAGCAACGCCCGACGCCGAUCCCAUGCAAGUCGAAGAGACCAUUAAUAACGAGACGACGGAAUCCCAGCCAUUGAUCAAGGGUGUCAUCAAUGACAUUGCUGUCUUCGAGCGUCGCCCUGAGAAGGACUCCGAUUUAUCUGCGAAAUCGUCGUCGAAAUCAGGAAAGUCCUCGGUUUCGGAGGCCCGGGGUCUCUGCAUUGUGGCUGCGGUUGGUAAAGAGCAUCGCUUGGCGCGAUGGAAGUGCUACGCCAACAACUAUGACCAGGGACAUUCUCCUGACGGACGCAAUGGUGCUGUCGUUUUCGAGGUCCCAUUCAACUCCACAGAGAACAUCGUGGAAACCGACCUUUAA